AUGUGGUUGACAGAUGCCCAAAGUCAGUCCUCUAGGACGUGUGCGUUGCUCUCGCUCCUGCUGACGACGCGUCUUGUCGUGGCUGCUGCACAGAAAUCGGCGUAAGCUGCGCGCGAUCGGACGUGUCGAUUCUCAGCCGACGCCGACCGACCCGGUGCGACCGACGUCCACGCGAUACAGCGCAGGAGAACUGACGACAAGCUUUGGUUCUGGUGCGCACAGGUCGGCCUGACCUCGUUCGGAGCGUUCUUCAUGCUCUUGGGCGUGAUCAUGUUCUUCGAUGGGGCCUUGUUGGCCCUGGGCAACGUGAGUCGCACGCCCCAGUGCCGCCGUGCAGCCGUUGCUAGCCUCGACAACUCGACCACCCCAAAGUCACCACCUCGAUAUCGCGUCGCUAUCGGUGGGGAACAAUUUCACGCACACCUCCAACCGGGGACGAGUCUUGCAGCGGAAUACGCGCGUGGUCCGAUUGUCCUCGACCCCGAAUCAGAUCCGGCGCGUUCUCGUCCGCUUCUAGGACGCGCCCUACGCCAACCCACUCGGAUCGCACAGACGGGGAUUCGACUGAAUACUGAUUUGGUCCGCUUGCACCGUCGCAGAUCCUCUUCAUCGCCGGAUUGCCGUUGAUCAUCGGGCCGCGGAAGACGUUCUACUUCUUUGCCCGGAAGCAGAAGCUCAGAGGGAGUGAGUUGCUUCGCUUCGCUCGGAUGACAUCGUGUCUUUACGAUCACACCUCGCUGUACUUCCCGACUCGUUGGAUCGUGAGGCGUAGGAAUCGGUGUCGCGACGCGAUCAACUCGACUCGUUUCGCCUUGCCUCGGCUGGGUUAUCGCUUCACUGACCGAUGAUCUCAUCUCUGUCGCUCAGCAUUCUGCUUCGUCGCUGGCGUCAUUCUCGUUUUCGUCAAGUACCCUUUCAUCGGCAUGCUUAUCGAGACCUUUGGCUUCCUGAAUUUGUUCGGGUCAGUGAAAGCAUCGCACGCCCUGACCUAUCGAAACCGGUGGCUGAACCCUCUCCUGGCCCCGCUCGUACAGUGAUUUCUUCCCUGUCGUGUUGAGCUUCCUGAGACAAGUACCGGUCAUUGGCAACUUCUUUUCGCUUCCCGUCGUGCGGCAGGUACGUCGCGACUUGCUCGAUGUGCGGCAUCGAGGCUCGGUGCAUGUGGUCAAAGGACUGACGAGAAUCCCGUGACGUGCGUGCGUGCGUGCGUUCCAGGCGACGGACCGGAUAGCAGGAGUACGACGGCAGUCACCUGUAUGA